AUGUCAAAGAGAUCAGCGUCUAUUGAAGGAUUGCAAGAUGAGCAAGGUCGUAUUGUACAGUCCAAAACGGAUUCUCAACAGCUUCCCUCAGCUUCGGCUAGAGAUGUUGACGGUGAAGUGGAUGUUGAAAUGGGUGAAUUCGAGGACCCAUACAGUGAUGAGUUCGAGAGUGAAGGAGAAAUUAUAGAGGUUGAUGAUGGUGAGGAUGAAGAUGAGGAUCUCGAUGGUGAGUUUUUGGAAAAAAAGCAGAAGAAAGCAGAAGAAUUAAUCAAAAAUGACAACAAGGGUGGUAAGGAGCAAGGUCAACAGUUGUAUCUACCUCAUUUAUCGCAACCUUUGGGACCCGAUGAAGUUUUGGAAGCUGAUCCUACUGUAUAUGAAAUGUUACACAAUAUUCACCUUCCAUGGCCAUCUAUGUCCUUGGAUGUUAUUCCGGAUGCCCUUGGUUCGGAAAGAAGAAACUACCCUCAAUCGAUUCUAAUGACUACGGCCACUCAAGCUUUAAAAAAGAAAGAUAAUGAGCUGUUAGUUUUGAAGAUGUCGCAGUUAACCAAAACUUUACUAAAAGAGGACGACGAGGAUGAUGAUGAAGAGGACGAUGAAGACAAUGAUAUGGAUCCAAUCAUUGAGAAUGAAAACAUUCCAUUGAGAGAUACCACUAACAGAGUUAAAGUUUCUCCAUUUGCUCAUGCUCAGGAAACUUUAACCGCCACCAUGAGUGAGAAUGGUGAGGUUUACAUCUUCGAUUUAGCCCCACAACUCAAGGCAUUUAGUACACCAGGAUACCAAAUUAAUAAGGCUGCACAGAAGGCAAUCCAUACCAUCAGAAACCAUGGAAAUGUCGAGGGUUACGGUUUAGACUGGUCGCCGUUAACUAAGGCGGGUUCUCUACUUUCCGGGGACUGUUCAGGCAGAAUCUACUUAACACAAAGAACUACAUCAAAAUGGGUCACCGACAAGCAGCCCUUUACUGUAGAGAACAACAAAUCUAUUGAGGAUAUUCAGUGGUCUCGCAGUGAAAAUACGGUAUUUGCUUCUUGUGGGAUUGAUGGUCAUAUCAGGAUUUGGGAUAUCAGAUCUAAGAAGCAUAAACCCGCUCUUUCUGUUAAAGUUUCAGAUACAGAUGUCAACGUCAUGAGUUGGAACGAAAAGAUUAGCUAUCUAUUGGCUAGUGGUGAUGACAAUGGUGUGUGGGGUGUGUGGGAUUUGAGACAAUUUUCCUCUAAGGCUGCAGACUCCGCUCCUUCUCCUGUCGCCCAAUAUAACUUCCAUAAGGGUGCUAUUACUGCAAUCAGCUUUAAUCCAUUAGAUGAAUCUGUAAUUGCAGUUGCAUCAGAGGAUAACACUGUCACUCUAUGGGAUUUGUCCGUUGAAGCAGAUGAUGAGGAAAUCAAACAACAAACUGCUGAAACGGCCGAAUUACAACAAAUUCCUCCGCAAUUAUUGUUCGUGCACUGGCAAAAGGAUGUAAAGGAUGUAAAAUGGCAUAAGCAAAUCCCGGGUUGUUUAAUUAGUACCGGUACCGAUGGUUUGAACAUUUGGAAGACUAUUAGUGUUUGA